AUGAAUGUCAAGAGAGCUAUCGACAUUUUCUCCCCACAAGUGACAUCAGCACUGCGGUACUUACACCAGUAUGGCCCUAGGUUUGGCAUUGCAGGGUUCCAGGAUUGCCUCCCUACAGUGAGCUUCAUGGAAAUGGUGUUUAAAUGGUUCACCAUUCAUAACAUCCGCAACACCACAUUUCAUGUUGUAACCCGGGACCCAACUCGGAUGCCUUUCAGUAGCAGCACGGAUGCCUUUCAACUCGACUGGUUGGAAAAGGAAUUCGUCAACGACUUUACCAAUUGGAGAAAGGUAGCUCCUGACAAAUCUGCAUUUAUAACAGAAGAGACCUAUGAGGCCCUAGUUGUCACAAGCAUUUCAACUGCCAAGUGUACUCGCCAGCUGCUGAGUGAUGGCCACAAGUAUGUGCUCACGGCCAAGUUCUCAAGUGACAGUGUUGAGGCCUUGCUCUCAACAAUCCGACAAGUGAAUGGUGCAAACGACCAAACAAACGCUUACUCUGCACUGUCAGCUUUGAAGAAGAUUCUGACGAUGGGCAUUCUACAUUCCUCAGCCAGCAGCAACACCGGUCCUGACGUGUUCCCUCUAGGAAGCUCUAGGUCAGAAACAAGGACAACAAAUAGAGAAAAUGAUGGCAGAGGAACAGCAUGUGCUGACUUACAUCAGGCCCUUGCCAUGUACCUUCCCGUAUUGGAAGCUCCACCAGUUGCCCCAGAGCCAGGCAUUAAGGCCACCACCAUCAUCCUUAUUGCCGGAUACUUAGUGCGGGCAGUUUCUGACAACAUAGCCUGCCAUAAAUGCAUACAGCAAAUGGAAGCACCCAGAACACAGUCUCCUACAACCUCCAUCAUAUGGAACUUAGAUCGUGGAGGUCUCUCAUACCCGAACCUCCAGUUUGUAGGUUUUGUGGGGACACUGAUUUUGGUAGCAGAAAAGGUGGCUGCAAAAAUGUUACUGACUAAGCAGCCACAGAAGCAGUUUGUAAAUGCAUUGGUACCAGUGGUGGGGAACAACCCAUUAUUCAUUCACAGUGGUGGUAGCAAGGAGCACACAGAAGCAUUAGUACGUCUAACCCUGCGGAAGUUUACCAGACCAUUCUUAACCAAUGAAACUAGGCGACUUAGUGAGGCAAAUGAAAAAGUAAAAAAUCUUGCAAAGAAGCCUCAAUCACGAAAAGUGCUGAAAGUUUAAGUUACCUGUGAAGGGCACAGAAUAUUUUUCGUUCACCUCUAUGUUACAAUGGAUGAGCUGUAUGGGGCAAUGGUGUUCUUUAUUUCCUUAAUUAGGGGGAUGGUCUUAUAGAGCCUGCAAAUUCUGAAAUCUUAAUCAAAUUUGAUUUUUCGUUUUUCCAGUAAUAUACAAACAGAGCACUGGACAUUAAGAGCUGGAGCAUCACACUUGCACAAAACUACGAAAAAUGAAUGGAAACAUUACACUGCACAUGUGACUAUCCCUUUCAGUAACUUUGCUUUGUUGAAAAAGCUAGAAAAGAGGCACAUGUAAAGACAUGGUUUGCAGUUGAA